AUGUCCAUCCGGUUCCGUCGCUACAGACCCCGUCUGCCCGGCGGAGAGCUGGCGCCGAUGCCCUGGCCGGUGUCCCUGUAUCGCCUCCUGAACCACAUCGCCUGGCCACUGGAGGCGGAUUCGGGUCGCUGGAGCGUUCUCCUCGACCGGGUGCUGAUUUUCGUGGGCUUCCUCGUCUUCUGCGAGCACAACGAGGUGGACUUCCACUACCUGAUAGCCAAUCGGCAGGACAUGGACAACCUACUGACGGGCAUGCCCACGUAUCUGAUCCUUGUGGAGAUGCAGAUACGCUGCUACCAGCUGGCCUGGCACAAGGAUCGCUUCCGGGACCUGCUGCAGCGUUUCUAUGCGGAGAUCUACGUGAGCGAGGAGGCGAUGCCCCAGUUGUUUGCCGGCAUCCAGAGGCAAAUGCUGGCCACGCGGCUCAACUCCACCGUCUAUCUGCUGGCCCUGUUCAACUUCUUUCUGGUCCCGGUGACGAACGUCAUCUACCACCGCCGCGAAAUGCUCUACAAGCAGGUGUAUCCCUUCGACAACACCCAGCUGCAGUACUUCAUCCCGCUGCUGGGGCUCAACUUCUGGGUGGGAUUCGUCAUCACCAGCAUGCUCUUCGGCGAACUGAAUGUGCUGGGCGAGCUGAUGAUGCACUUGAACGCCCGCUACGUCCAGUUGGGCCAGGAUCUCCACCGCUCAGCCCACAAACUUUUGGAGGGGCGUGGCACUGCGAACAUAGCCACCAGAUAUCGCCUGCUCCUGACCCACAUCCUGCGGCGGAAUGCGGCCCUCAGGGACUUUGGCCAGCGAAUGGAGGAGGAGUUCAGCUUUCGCAUCUUCGUCAUGUUUGCCUUCAGUGCCGGUCUCCUCUGCGCCCUCUUCUUUAAGGCUUUUACGAACCCCUGGGGUAAUGUGGCUUAUAUUGUGUGGUUCCUGGCCAAGUUCAUGGAGUUGCUGGCCCUUGGCAUGCUUGGGUCCAUUCUCCUCAAAACGACAGACGAACUGGGAAUGAUGUACUAUACCGCCGACUGGGAGCAGGUGGUCCAUCAGUCGGACAAUGUGGGCGAGAAUGUCAGGCUGAUGAAACUGGUGAGCCUGGCCAUUGAACUCAACUCGAGACCCUUCUUCAUGACGGGCCUAAAAUAUUUCCGGGUCAGUCUGACGACAGUGCUGAAAAUCAUCCAGGGUGCCUUCUCCUACUUCACGUUUCUAAACUCGAUGCGGUGAGCUGUGCCGCAUUGCUGGAAUAAUUGUGUUGCCAAUCAUUUGGAAAUUAUGCGCUCCCCGGUAUCAUUUGUGGCCUGACCCAUGACCAUUUGUCCGCACCGAAACGGGAUGCAUAGCCCCACGCCCACCGCCCCCAUUCACCUUUUGUGUGCUGCAUAUCCGCUGACAACAAUGGAGCUUUCGAGCGCAUUCAAGGAUAUUAACACGUGCAUGACUGUGAUUUAUGCACCCCCCAACUCGGCGGAGUUGUGCAAGCAGCAGGCGAAAGUACAACUGCAUCUGCCAGUCGGGCCAUCAUCAAUCCACUGGCACUCCACUCCACUCCCGACUCCGGAGCAGCACUUUUAGGACGGGCGAAACUAAAUUUGCUGCUGCGUUGACAGCUGCAAUCCGAAGACGUUACCCGGCACAUAUCCAUAUCGAUAUCUAUAUCCAUAGCCCAAUCCAUAUAGCCAUAACUGUCAGCCAUGACUGAGUGGCAGCAAUUGGCAGGGGUGAGCGGCUGCCGGAGAUAUCGUGGCACUAUAUGUCUAUCUAUAGGUACAUGCUCAUCCACUGGCAUUGGCACAAUGCAAUAUAUUCACUAUUCCAGCGCUAUUCCAUACAGCUGUGCUCAAAAUAAUAGUUUGCAUGCUAAAAACAAGAGCUUAUUAAGAUUCAAAAGGUUAAUAAGUCUUGUUUUUUGUGAGUAUAUUUAUUACACUUUUA